GAAGUUAUCUUACCCAAGAAUCAAGGAUCACUUGGCUUCAGCAUCAUUGGUGGUACGGAUCAUUCGUGUGUGCCGUUUGGAUCACACGAACCGGGGAUAUUUAUAUCGCAUAUUGUGCCUGACGGUAUUGCCCAUAAAUGUGAAAAACUACGAAUGGGUGACAGAAUUUUGAAGGUGAAUGACGUGGAUAUCUCGCGUGCUACCCACCAGGAGGCUGUAAUGGAGCUGCUGAAGCCUGGCGACGACAUUAAGCUGACAAUACAACACGAUCCAUUGCCCCCUGGCUUCCAGGAAAUCGUCAUUAGUAAAGCUGAAGGCGAACGUCUGGGCAUGCACAUUAAGGGCGGACUUAAUGGUCAGCGCGGCAAUCCAGUUGAUCCCACCGAUGAGGGUGUAUUUGUGUCGAAAAUUAAUUCAGUCGGUGCAGCGAGACGCGAUGGAAGGUUGAAGGUUGGUAUGCGUCUUCUGGAAGUCAACGGCAAUUCACUGUUGGGCGCCUCGCAUCAGGACGCAGUAAAUAUUUUGCGUAAUGCUGGCAAUGAAAUCCAUUUGGUCGUGUGCAAAGGGUACGACAAAUCCAAUUUAAUUCAUUCCAUUGGUGCAGCUGGCGGCAUGAGCACAGGCUUCCACACAUCAAGCAGUCGACAGGGUUCUCGUGCUUCCGAAACAGGCUCUGAACUGAGCCAAAGUCAGAGCAUAUCGAGCUUGGAUCGCGACGAAGAUGAACGCAUACGACAAGAUUUUGAAGUUUUUGCACCGAAAACCGAGUUGAAUAACGAACGAUCAGUAUUAGCAUCCGUGGCGGCAUUGGCCCACUCGCCCACCAUUCCGCCGAGUGCAGGCGCUUUGCCACAACAGCAUGCAACUGAAAGUGAUACAUCCAAAAUCGGAGUCGUUCCACCGCCACCACAAACUCCUCAGGAUGCGCUUGCCACGUUUACAAAUGUCGAAAAAACGUUGGUACAAACAAAGGAAAAGAGCACCCCGGAGAAGGUGCUUGAAAUCGUUCGUGCUGCUGAUGCAUUCACCUCAGUUCCACCCAAAUCACCAGCCGAACAUCACGAUCAAGAUAAAAUUCAAAAGACCACAACGGUCGUCAUUUCGAAACACACGCUCGAUACAAAUCCGUCGACUGGGCUGGCUUCCUCACCCCCAGCAACACAUUCGUUACAAGCAGCGUUACCAACGGUCGGCACAACCACGACGACGACCACAACAACACCACCGGUAUCACCAGGUCUGGACUCGACAGUUACUACAGAUGUGGCCUCGGCAAGUCGCACAAAAGCGGCCACCCCACCACCCCAACAACAACAGCCACAACAGCAACAGAGGCGCACUCCAACUCUCCCUAUACAGAAGGCGACAGCAGAAGCUAUAACAAAGCCUAAAGAUUCCCGUUAUGAGUAUAAAGAGAUGGUAAAAAGUCAACCUCAUGUUCGAUGUGAGGAUGAGAGCGCUCCCUUGGCGCACAAAGCUAAGAAAGCGGAACCUGUUUAUAUAAUUGACGAUGAAGACGAAGAAGAAGGGGAGAAAGAGUGUGUCGACGAUCAAGCUGAAGAUUCUAAAGAUGAGGCCGAAGAUGAUAUCGAUGCGUUCUCGCCGAAUAUCUCGGCUGACCAGGGUGACACAGAUUCUGACUAUUUUGAGCGGCCUCACCCUUCGCCACGUUACACAAGUGAUUCUGAGAACGACUACCGACCAUUUCGACCCAACGUCGAGCGGUUGGGAAAUAUUUCUGGUCGCAGCACACCAGAUCUCUCAAGUUCCACAUUCGGUCACCGAAAAUCUGUAAGUUUCGACUUGAGUGGCGAUGAACGGUCCAAAUCCGACUACGAACGUUCACGCACUCCUGAUGGUUAUUCACGGUAUUACGAUUCUGAACAAGAAUACGGUAGCACUCGCCCUCGUAUGCCACGCAAGGGCAUAUUGCGCUCGGCCAGCCCAUCAUCAUCCAACAAUUCGACACUGGAACGUUGCAAACGUCCCGAAAAACUGCCACCAAUAGUGCCUACAGUGGCGCGUAUCAAAGAAAUCGAUUCGCCCACAGUUCAACACGUCCGAUCGUGUUCACCUUUAUCCAGCAGGGAUGGUACUAGUAGCGGCUAUCGAAGUCCUCCACCACUACCUGAAAGAGUGCUGGUGUCUACUGAAAUUGAAAGAGAUAACCCAUUCCGUGAAGCAUUCCUCGAUAAAACUAAAAUUGAUGAAUACACUGAAUUGGCAAAAGCUAUGUCCAAAUCUCCUUCAGCACUUAAAUCACCGAGGGAACACUUUUUCUUUGGUUCGAAGUCGACUGAGAAUUUGUUAUCAGCAGAACGUUCAGUCUCAAGUGGCCGUAGUACUCCAAGUACAGUGAUUAGCACACAGUCAAAAUCCACCGAAGAUCUACUGUCAAGCUCAACAGGUGCCAAACCAAAGAGAAUACCGCCUCCUAUAAUGCCGAAACCGGUGACUAAGAAAGCUGAGCUGGUACAUAAUGUGGCGUUGGAUGCCUUUCAAAAAGCUGAUGUUGGUUAUGGCGACUUUACGGUUUUCGAACACGAUCCUACCACAAACACAAUUCAUGAAGUGAGUUCGCCGCCACCUCCGACAACACCAACACUCCCAUUAACUCCACCUGCUGGUAGUAUUGCAAAACUUCCCCUGCGUGUGAAAACGCCACGUAGUCCGUCGCGCCCGCGCGAAAGCCCACCUCCACCUCCACCACCCAUCAAUUAU